AGAACUUAAAAAAAAAAAAAACUCCGUGUUUCCACCCCCGUCUGCCUGCAGUGGAAGGGCCCGAGCGGAACCAAAGGGGAAGGGGGCGCUGAGCGCGUGUUUUUCCUCCCGUCUGCCUGGAGUGGAACGGCCCGGGCGGAACCAACGGGCAGCCGCGGGGGCGUUGUCGGCCGUGGCGCGUUCCCCGGGCUCCUCGGCUCUGGGGCACUGAGGAGCCCGAUGCCGGGUUCUGCGCGUCAUUUCCGGUCCCGCGGGCGCCCUGUGAAGCCCACCUGGAUCCGCCAGCCCUGUGCCACUCCCCAGUGCCGAGCUCGGAGCUCCCUCCGCGGCCUCGCGCCCGGCCCCUCCACCGCGAGCCUCUCAGGCCCCGCCCGCAAGCGUCCCUUUGUUGUGAAGAGGCCGGGGCCUAGACUGGGGCGCCCGAGCGCGGGGCCUAGCGCUAUGCCUGCGGCGGAGACUGCAUCAGGCUGUCGGUGGGUUCUGCUCGGUGAUCGGUGCUGGGUCCUGCGAGUCCUCGGGCUCCACCCGGGGACUUGUGCCCAGACAGCGGAAGGGAAGGAUGUCGCUUCUGAGAUGAGGCUCGGAAAGGCCGGGUCUCCUGUCCUGGCUGCUCUCUCCCACUCCCUGACGAGCUUGCUGGAUGAAAGCUCCUGUCAAGCUGUGGGGCGUCCUGUGGAGAAAUUGGUUGGGGCCCUUUCCACCUGUAGCCAGCAAGGAACUGAACCCAGCCAGCGUCCACCUGAGUGAGCUCAGAGGUGGACCCCAGCCCCAGUUGAGCCUUCGGAUGAGGUCACAGCCCUGGUCCAUGAUGUGACUGCAGCUUCAGGAGGGACCUUAAGCCAGAGGUGCCUGGCUAAACUUCCUGAGGAUUCCUGCUCCACAGGAGCCGACAUCAAAAGCAUUUGUUGUUUUGAGGUGCGUCUGCUUCUGCGCUUUGCCUGGGAGAGGCCCUGGUGGCCUCGUUCCUGGCGCCCGGAGUCCCUGCUGCGGCCCCACCCCCGGGCGGUCACGGUGACCCAUGCUGCCCAGCCUGGAGGUAAAAUCGUUCAUGGUAGUGGCUUCAGCAUGUCGUCCUCGGUGAAAACCCCGGCACUGGAAGAGCUCGUUCCUGACUCCGAAGAGAAGCCGAAAGGCAGGUCGCCUCUCAGCUGGGGCUCUCUGUCCGGUCACCGAAGUGAGAAGAUUGUUUUUGCCAAGAGUGACGGCGGCGCAGAUGAGAACGUACUGACCGUCACCAUCACAGAGACCACGGUCAUCGAGUCAGACUUGGGUGUGUGGAGCUCGCGGGCGCUGCUGUACCUCACGCUGUGGUUCUUCUUCAGCUUCUGCACACUCUUCCUCAACAAGUACAUCCUGUCCCUGCUGGGAGGCGAGCCCAGCAUGCUAGGCGCGGUGCAGAUGCUGUCCACCACGGUUAUCGGGUGUGUGAAAACCCUCGUUCCUUGCUGUUUAUAUCAGCACAAGGCCCGGCUUUCCUACCCACCCAACUUCCUUAUGACGAUGCUGUUUGUGGGUCUGAUGAGGUUUGCAACUGUGGUUUUGGGUUUGGUCAGCCUGAAAAAUGUCGCGGUUUCGUUUGCUGAGACGGUGAAGAGCUCCGCCCCCAUCUUCACGGUGAUCAUGUCUCGGAUGAUUCUGGGGGAGUACACAGGGCUGCUGGUCAACCUCUCCCUCAUCCCAGUCAUGGGCGGGCUGGCGUUGUGCACGGCCACUGAGAUCAGCUUCAACGUCCUGGGGUUCUCAGCCGCACUGUCCACCAACAUCAUGGACUGUUUGCAAAAUGUUUUUUCAAAAAAGCUUCUCAGCGGGGACAAAUACAGGUUCUCGGCCCCGGAGCUGCAGUUCUACACCAGCGCCGCCGCGGUGGCCAUGCUCGUCCCGGCCCGGGUCUUCUUCACGGACGUCCCAGUGAUCGGGAGGAGCGGGAAGAGCUUCAGCUACAACCAGGACGUGGUGUUGCUGCUUCUGACAGACGGAGUCCUGUUCCACCUUCAGAGCGUCACGGCCUACGCCCUUAUGGGGAAAAUCUCCCCUGUGACUUUCAGCGUCGCCAGCACCGUGAAGCAUGCCUUGUCCAUCUGGCUCAGCGUAAUCGUUUUUGGCAACAAGAUCACCAGCUUGUCGGCCGUCGGCACAGCCCUGGUGACAGUUGGGGUCCUGCUCUACAACAAAGCCAGGCAACACCAGCAGGAGGUGCUGCAGAGCCUGGCUGCAGCCACCAGCCGGGCCCCAGAGGACAUGGUGGAGCCGCUGCUUCCACAGGACCCCAGGCAGCAUCCCUGAGAGCAGGAAGCUGCCAGCCGCUGCUGUCCUCAUGACACUGCAUCCCCCGGAAAUGGGCAGGGACGCCCUCCUCCAUGGUCCUGCUGGGGUGCAGGACACGGGAAGCUAAGUUGGCCAUUGCUGCGGCUUUCUCGGUUUGUCAGUGAGGACCAGCAGAAACUCAAACUGGGGAUUCCAGGUAUCAGCUUCCUGGAGUAGAGACCAGACCAGUAGCUGACCGUUGUCAGCUGAGCCCAUCCCCGUGUAAUGUGAAAACAGCCUCUGACGCUCCCAUGCUGGGGGUGCCCACUUCCUCUCUGGACGGCACCCCAGGGUCCACGGGAAGCCAGAGCUAGGUCCAGUGCCAACGAGAGCUGCUCCCUGCUACAGCCAAGAGAGCACUCAGCUUCCCACACCAGCCAUCGAAGGCCCUUAGGCCCUGGACCGGCUGCAGACUGGCCCUGGGCAUGAGGCCACACAGCAGGGCCGACAGGAGGGGACAGAGCACCCUGGAAGGGUCUCCUGCUGCCACAGUGGGCACUCAGAACUUCUCCCCACCUGACCCAGGGCUGUGGGCAUCCUCAGACUAUCCCAGAGGCAUCGCAAGCCUCAAGCUUCAGCAUUGCAUGCUCAAGGGCUAUGACCACGGAGGCCGUUCAGUCGCUUCUGUUCAGAGGAAGUCCCCCUACCUCUUCCACACCCUGCCCUCCUAUCCCUUCCACACCCUGGGCUGCGUGAGCCCCCACCAUUCCCCCAGAGGACACCCUGCCCUCCUAUCCCUUCCACACCCUGGGCUGCGUGAGCCCCCACCCCGGGGUGCCCUGUCCGUCACCUUCCACAUCCUGGGCUGCGUGAGCUCCCCAGUUUGGGGUGCCAUGCCCAUCACCUUCCACACCCUGGGCUACAUGAGCCCCCCACUCUGGGGUGCCCCCUGCCCAUCACUUUCCACACCCUGGGCUGCGUGAGCCCCUGCCGGCCUCCCCCCAGGGGGCACCCUGCCCCCCUACCCCUUCCCCACCCUGGGCUGCAUGAGCUCCCCCCAACCCCAGGGCACCCUGCCCUCCUACCUGUGGUGGUUUCCAACCCUGAGGUUGAGGACAAACCUCUCUUGUUUAACUUAGGAGGAGAUGUGUACAUUCCUUUUCUUUUUUGGACUCCGAGUAUCAGGCAGGCUGUUCUGAGGUCCCCAUGGGCUGAGCCUGUCUGUCCUCCCUCAGAGCCCACUGUUCCUAAUCUCCUCAUCUAGCACUGUCCGGUUCCCCAUGUGAGCCUCGGGCAGGAAACUGCAGUGUUGACGGUUUGGGUUACGUGGCGUUUACCUGGGCGCCGUCCUUGCUGAAAAAGGAAGCGUCCACACUGAAUGUUUCUGGGGCACGUGGUGUGUGUCAGGCGCCCACCCCGUCCCACUCUCCCCAAGGGACAGUAGUACUGCAUGCUGGGGCCACCAGCCAGCUCAACUCAUCCUCCUCAGUGUCACGCACCCCCGAGGGCACAGGAGGCCUGAGGAGUGGCUACUGGAGCCAUGUAUUGGGCAGAGGCUUCUGACCAUGUCUGAGCUCUUUACCCCCAAUCUCGCAGCCGGCGGAUUCCCAUGCCCGGUGCAGCCUGUUGCCAGCCAGCCUUUGAGACCCAGAGCUCCAGGGCUUGUCAGAGGCAGCAUGGGGCUCCAGUGGUCCCGAGUCUCAUUUCCCUGCCUGCUCAGCCCCGAGUCUCAUUUCCCUGCCUGCUCUUUAGGACUUUGGCACCCAUGGUCACUUCACUGGUUUUCCAUUUGGCUUCUCACCUGGGAAAUACAAAAAUAGCCCCUCGUAAAGAUAAAAUCGUUCAGAAACAGAGCAAUAAUUAUGACUCAUGAACUUCUACCUACUCGAAAAAGUCUGCCAUGAUGAUGGACCGAAAUGAGGCUUUUUAACCCAUAAGUAACCUUUUUAUUUUUUUGAGACAGUCUUGCUCUGUCACCCAGGCUGGAGUACAGUGGCAUGAUCUUGGCUCACUGCAGCCUCAACUUCCUGGGCUCAAGUGAUCCUCCCACCUCAGCCUCCCAUGUGGCUGGAACCACAGGCACAUGCCACCAUGCCUGGCUAUUUUUUUGUUGAGCUGGACUCUCACUUUGUUGCCCCGGCUGGUCUUGAACUCCUCGGCUCAAGCAGUCCUUCCCACUGAGCCUCCCGUAGUGUUGGGAAUAACAGGCGUGCACUGCUGCACCUGCUUCAGCCACUUGUAUAAAACCGCUGACCUGUGUACGGAGGACAGGCCAGGUGUGUGCUCACAGCAUUGCGAAGAUGUAUUGUCACGUGACUUUCCCCAGGUUUCCAUUUCUCUUUUUCUUUUUCUUUUUUUUUGAGACGGAGUCUCGCUCUGUCGCCCAGGCUGGAGUGCAGUGGCAUGAUCUUGGCUCACUGCAAGCUCCGCCUCCCGGGUUCACGCCAUUCUCUUGCCUCAGCCUCUCCGAGUAGCUGGGACUACACGCGCCCGCCACCACGCCCAGCUAAUUUUUUGUAUUUUUAGUAGAGACGGGGUUUCACCGUGGUCUCUAUCUGCUGACCUCGUGAUCCGCCGGCCUCGGCUUCCCAAAGUGCUGGGAUUACAAGCGUGAGCCACCGUGCCCGGCCUCCAUUUCUCUUUUUCUGCUUUCCUCAAAAACUAAUAGAAGACCGGGUGUGGUGGCUCACGCCUCUAAUCCCAGCACUUUGGGAGGCUGCAGCUGGUGGAUCACAAGGUCAGGAGUUUGAGACCAGCCUGGCCAACGUGAUGAAACCCUAUCUCUACUAAAAAUACAAAAAUCAGCUGGGUGCGAUGGUGGGUGCCUGUAAUCCCAGCUACUCAGGAGGCUGAGGCAGGAGAAUUGUUUGAACCCCGGAGGUGGAGGCUGCAGUGAGCCAAGAUCGUGCCAUUGCACUCCAGCCUGGCAACAGGGCGAGAUUCCGUCUCAAAAAGAAACACUAUUAGAAAAUGCCCUGGAAGGCCGGGUGUGUGGCUCACGCCUGUAAUCCCAGCACUUUGGGAGGCCGAGGUGGGUGGAUCACGAGGUCAGGAGAUCAAGACCAUCCUGGCUAACACGGUGAAACCCCGUCUCUACUAAAAAUACAAAAAAAAAAAAAAAAUUAGCGGGGCGUGGUGGCGGGUGCCUGUAGUCCCAUCUACUCCAGAAGCUGAGGCAGGAGAAUGGUGUGAACCCGGGAGGUGGAACUUGGAGUGAGCCGAGAUCCUGCCACUGCACUCCAGCCUGGGCGACAGAGCGAGACUGUCUCAAAAAAAAAAAAAAAAAAAAAAAAAAUGCCCUGGAGGUGGCGGGGGGUUGUUGAUUUGUGAGGACAGAUUGAAAGCAACCCCCAGGGUGGCCUUGUCCACCUCCCCAUCGAGAAUGUGGCUGCCAGGCUUCCCUCUGGCCUCUUUGAAGAUUGUGGUCUGGGAUAAGGAGAAGUGCAGGCGCCUGGUUCUGAGCACCUUGGAAUUUCCAGCCGCACAUCCUCUGGUGCCCUCCCCUCCACCCUCACAAGGAGCUUCCAUCCAUUCUGUUUCGAUUUUCUGUUUGUGGACCAGAAACAAACAUUUUUCCAAAUGAUUAGCAAAUAGGGUGAUUUCCUGUGUAACGCUGCUCUGGGGCUUCUUCCUCAUCGUGGCAGAAGGAGCCUGGAGCCCAUGAGGUGGCCAGCACUGUGCCCUUGCUCAGUCGUGCUGUCCCCUCCCUCUCCCUCAGUCUCCUCUCCACGCCCAAGUCGGUUUCCAGCCGCUGGUCUUCAUGGCAUUCCUAGCACAGCCGGGCACCAAGAGGCAAAACCCAAGGCCUGGCUUGGCCAUGUUAACGACUGUACAGACAUAUUUUUUAAAAUAACUUUGUGUAACACUUUUCUUGAAUAGUAAGUUCUUGUUGAACUGUCACAGAUGUGCUUCUAGAAACGCACCGGGUGUUGUUACUUCCACUGGGUGUGUCCGUGGUCGAGGUCUGUGCCUUUGUAAACAAACAGAACACUUGAGCCACCUCCCGAAUUGGGUCAUCUGCUUCUGUACAUUGAUACUUAGAGAUGUGCAGCUCUCUAACUUUCAAGGAAACUUCCCCUACUGAAUGGCAUAAAAAGGUUAAAAAAGAAAAUCCGAGAGUCCCAAUUCCCUGUAUAACAGCAUUAAGAUAAUCUGCCUGCCUAGAAAGAUAACACUGUUGCACAACCCAAAAUGUGUCUUUAAUUUGUGAAAAAUUACCAUGGUGAGUCAGACAGUCAUUUUAAAGAGCUGAACAGAGACUAUCAUCAGCAAAUAGAACUCCGCUUUGUAGCUGCCUUUAAAAUCCUUGUCCCAAAACCGGUGAGCUCUGCUUGCUGCUGCCACGCUCCUAGGUGAUCACUCAGACAGGUCAGUGGAAAUAACAGGCGAACAAGACAGCUUUUUACAUGUGUCCAAAGGAUGGCCUUUCGAAGGCCUGGAAGUAUUUCACUGUUGGAAGAAGUAAACAAGAAUGACAUUCCAAAUGGAAAUAGAAUUCUCUCUCUUGCCUUUGACCAACAUGGUACUGAGGGGUUUAUUCUUUCCCAAUGUAUGCACGUGCCCUGCUGGGGGCCCUACUUUAUAGAAUGAGAGCAUCCGAGUUCCCCUAAUGAAUCUGGCUAGUUCUCUGUCUGGCUGAGGAUACAGGAGUGGGAUGUCCACGCUCAGAUCCCUCAGACCACAGAAACCUUCAGUUUUGCUGUCUCUUAAGUAUUUCCUCCAGUUUCCCUGCAGGCCCCUGAUGUUUGAGUUUGAUGGCUGCUGGAUCCUCACUCAACGAAAACUCGGUUGGAAACUGUUCCAACUGGCAGUCCUUUUUUGUUUGUUGUUUUCCAUUUCAUUUCACUGUCAUCUGAAAGUGGCUUUCAGCUGACUUGCUCAUUUAGACUGUUCACGGAGUCUGAACCUGCCAAUGUGGUGUUGGAGGCUCCACCUUGAAAAGGGCCAAAGUCAGGGCAACUUUCCCCAUACGGGAAAACUUGGAAAUUACGUCAACAGUCUACGUCACAGCCAAAUUAUAUUUCCUUUAUACCAAACAAAACUAUGGAGAACUAAAAGUACAUCAUACAAGAUGUUUAUAGUGUUUUGUAUGUGACCUAUUUCAGUAUUUAUAUAACUAAAUUAGUGCUUUCUAGCAAACGGUUCUGUUAAUUAGUGAGUCACUGUUAAUUCUGCUGUGGUGAUAAGUUGAUACUGUGUAACUAAUCCUGUGGAUGCCUCCUGGUUAUUUUUGUCUAAACUAAGCAGCCAUGGUUGUAGCUGUCUAUGAUUCUUGCUCAGCAAAGUAAAAUAAAUGUUAAAUAUGGA